AUGCCACGUAGAAGGAAAACUGGUGGGAGUCCAUCUCGGAAGAAUGGCAAUUUUGACAGAACUGCUGUUGCUGUAUCCCAAGGGGACCCAAGCUGCUCAAUGUCACAAGCAGUGCAUACUGUCAAUAAGGAAGAGCUCUUCAACAGCAUGUCAGAAAUGUUUUCUGACCUAGAUCCUAGUGUGAUUUAUAUGGUUCUGUCUGAAUGUGAUUUUAAAGUAGAAAACGCUAUGGAUUAUCUGCUAGAGCUGUCCACCCAUGCCAAAGGAGUAGCAUCUUCAAAAACCUUGGGUUUUGAUUCAGUAGCAUCAUCAGUAGCUCUUGCUAAUCAGCAAAGAUCUGUUGCAAACGAAAGAAUGCGGGGAAGUACUGCAGAACAAAGUAAUUUUGAGGGAGAAAAAGAAAAGAUCCUGUCACCUGAUGUGCGGCUGACUGAAGAACUGGACUCUUUAAUAGAAAAUGCCUUUCAGAGAUACAGCUUGAUUGAUGAAUCACCUAAUUCUGCAAAUGACCAAAUUGUACAUAAGCACUCUGUGGAUCACGAUGGCUUUAAUCAGUUUCCUGAGUGGGAAAAGUCUGAUUCAGGUUGCAAUGUCCUACUUUUUUCACAGCAAACAGAGACGAAUAAUGGAGUUUUAGAAAACUUUCGCUGUUCUGAGCCACCAGGGAGUCAGCUGAGUGUCCAAACAAACUCAGCAGCUGCAUCAGACACUUUUGUACAGAUACUGGAAGUUUCUGAUUUGUCAGAAAUACAUGCUGUAGCUUCAGAAGUCUGUAAACAAUCAAACGGAGAAAUAUCAUGUGGAAAUUCUGAACAGACUCACGAUACUGUUUUGGAUCAAAAAAGUGUCACUGCUGCUUCUGGGGAGUCCUCCCAAAGACCUCUGGAACUUGGAGCAGCUGUCACUGAAAAUUCUAAUUCACGGUGCCUGGAACAGCACAAAGAGGUGGUGACUGCCUUUGAGAGCCACCAGAGCACUUCUCUUCCAGACGCUUAUAUCUCUCUUGAAACGUCCAGUUUCAAAACACCCAAACCUGCCGAUUGUCAGCAAACUCAGCAGGGUUACAACUUAAAUUUUUCUACACUGUCAUGUCACCCUCAACGACACUGGAAUCUCACAGCUCCUGUGUUUUAUCCGUCCAGUGGAGGUCACUUUGUAACUCCUGUGGCUGUCAGUCCAGAACAGUGGAGGCGUUUUUCAGGCUAUAGGACUUUGGAAAAAGAACUUUUUUUUUCCUCUCCAGUGAUUUCAAAUGCCUGGGAUAACAGCCCUUCUCUGAAGGUAUGGGGAAAUCAAGAUAGAAACUCAAAAUUGAACCUCUCGCAAGCACAGCAGCCACCUGUUUGUCACAUGAUGAGAAAAAAGAUGCACCUUAUAGGUCAAGUGCUUGUUCUUCUCAGAGGUGUUCCAGGAUCAGGAAAAUCAUAUUUGGCAAGGUAG